AUGGCGGAUCGUUUGACUCAACUACAAGAUGCAAUUGAUCAGCUGGCCAACCAAUUUGUUGCUUCUUUAUCGUACAUCAAUAAGCACCACAGUCCGCAAAGGUUAGGGUCAACGGAUGUUGUCCGGCAGGAGAGCAAUGGCGAAGGAUUUUAUAAGCAAGCGCAACCACAGGUUGAUUCUCUUCCAUCUGAUGUUUUCAAAGCUGCACAGUUAGAGUUAGCUCAAGAUCUAAUACUCAAAGAACAGGAGAUAGAAGCUCUUGUUUCAAUGCUGCCUGGUCUCGAAAAUAGUGAGAAGUUCCAAGAGCAAACUAUUCGUCAGCUGGAAAAAGAACUAAGGGCUGCAGACUUGGAGAUCAAGAAAGCAUUUGAGUUAAAGGAAGAGUUGGUGGAAAGAUUGGGCGUAGCUAUUCAGUCAAUCAAGCGACCCUGA